AUGAAUCCAUAAGAUCAACUUGUAAAAAUUACACUAAUAAAAGUGCCAGAUGGAUAUUAAGUUGAAGAGAAAAUUUAUACAAAAAUAAAAAUUCCAAAAACAUUUCUUGAUCAAUAAAAAAUUACUCAACCAAAACCUACUUAAAAAUAAGUUGUUUCUAAACCACCUUCAUAAAUCAAAUAAGCAAUGCCUCCACAAAUUCAACCUGUUAAUCUUCCUCCACCUAUGCCCCCUUAAAAUAAUUUAGUUCAAUAAUAGUUGGAAAAUAUUCCCUCUAAACUGAUUUGGAAUCCUUCCCCAGCACCUUAAAACCCUCAUUAAAUUAAGCAAAUGCCACCCUAAAAUCAAUGGUUUGCUUAGCCUCAACUCCCUUAAAUCCAUUAACCUCCACCUCAAAUAUAAUAGCCACCUUAACCAUAAAUAACUCUGCCAAUAUAAUAGCCAUAAGAAUCAUAAAAACAAGAAAUAAGAAGAUAAUUAUCAAAACAUUCACUGAUAAUUCCUUCCUGUGCUAAUUGGUUUUAGAUGGAUAGUAUUAAUGAAAUUGAAAAGGAUCACUUCUCUGAAUUUUUUACAAAUUAACAUGUUUCAAAAACACCUGAACUUUAUAAAAAAUAUAGAAACUUCAUUGUUAAUCUGUAUAGAAACUAGCCAAGCACAUAUUUAACAACCAUUGCGUGUAGAAAGGUCUUAGCAGGGGAUGCAUGCACAAUAUCUAGAAUUCAUGGGUUUCUAUAAUAUUGGGGUUUGAUAAAUUAUUCUGUCGAUCCAGACACAUGUCCAAAUAAAGUACUUCCUUAAUAAGCCUUGACAAAGAGUCUCUAUAGAACCUUGUAAUUAAAUGCAAAAGAUGAGCUUGAUGAAAAAAGUGAUUUAAAUUAAUAUGAGAUAACCUUGAUUAAUGCCAUCAAAAUAUUUUCUAAAAGAUAUAGACCUGGUUGUUCUUUUUGCGGAAUACUAUGUGGAUUAUAAUGGUAUGCCGAAAAAGAGUAGACACAAAAGGAGAAGGUAGAUUAAGAUAAAGUAGAGAAUGUAAAAGAGGUUGAAAAUAAAUAGAAAAAUUCAAUCAAAUUAGAUUUAUGUAUGAAGUGCUUUUCUAAUAAUAAUUUUCCUAAUAGUUUAACAUCUGAGGAUUUCUAAUUAACUAAUCUUGAGUAAAAGUUUUCAUAAUUACAUAUCUUAUCCGAUUAACCUAGAUCAAUAUUAAACGACUAAGAAGUAAGCUACCUAAUUUCGAUUAUUCAAGAAACUUCUGAUUCAAAUUGGGAAAAAUUAGCUUAGCAGUUGAAUUAAACAUUUUCGACUUCUCAUACUGAGGAGGAAUUAAUUCUACACUUUCUUUAAUAUCCUAUUGAUCAUUUAAUAGAGAUUGAUAAAGUGAUUGAUUCAAAAGAAUGCCUAGAGAAAUUAUCAAUUAAUGAUGUAUCUAGUAGAAUUGCUUUUGAAGAACCCAAUGUUUUUAGUGACCAAAAAAACCUUGUUAGCUUUCAUUUAUCCAUUUUCAAAAAGCUAUUGAAUAAUUUAAAUAAAAGAGAUUCAGAAUAAUUUCUAAAACUUGAUGAUGUGAAAUCAAACAGUAACAAUAAUGAAGAUGUUAUUGAAGAAGAAAAAAGAGUAAUAUAAAUGAGCUAAGAAACCUUAGAGAGGGCAAAAUCUUUGUAGAAAAGGGAAGAAGAGAAAUUGAAUAAUCAUAUUAAUCUUUUAAUAAGUUUAUAGAUGGAAAAACUAGAACAUAAACUCACCUUUUUAGAAGAAUAUGAAAAACUAAUUCUAUAUGAAAAGCAAUAAUUAGAAAUUUGUUAAAAAUAAACUUUAGCAGAAAGAUUGGUAAUAGUAUAAUAAAAACUAUAAUAUUACUCGGAUAAUAAUUAAUGA